AUGCACCCGGAGGAUCUUGGAAUUCCGGAGGAUGACGACGAUGGCGACGACGUGAAAGCUGACUUUGUUGACGAAAUGACCCCUGACGAAGACCCUGACUUUAACGAAGACCUCGACAGUAAAGUGGAAAUGUAUAAAAAAGAAAAUUUAGCCAGUGAGGACGACAACUUUAGUCAAAAGACUGAUGAAUACGUCUUAAAGCUUGAGAAAGAGGAUUCAGAAAAGUCUCGCAUGAUAGAAGAACUGAAGGAAAAAAUAGAAGCUCUGACACAAGACAGAGAAAAGAUGGAGCGAGCCACACGAGACUUGGAACGACUGCUCGAAGAGAAAGAGAUGAUGAUCUAUUUGAUGCCUGCCGAAAUGGACAUACUCAGAAAAGAAAUAGCGGCAAAGACGGAAGAGACCGAAAAGCUACGAAAGGAGAACGAGGAUAAAAACUCAACUAUAACCAUCCUGGAGAACACGGUCGUAGUUCUCGACAUGGAGAAGGAGACCUUGCAUCGGGAUUUGAGUAAAAUGGAAGAUGACAGAAAUCUGUCAAAUGUCCAGCUGAACAAGCAGAAGGAGGACUUGCAGAGACUCCGAGAAGAGAAUCGGAGGAAACAGAAGAACAUCGAGGUUCUUCAGAAGGAAAAUGAGCUAUGGAACAUAAAGAUUAAUGGCUUAGAAAAUGAAAUAGAAGAAUGCAAACUUCAGAAACAGAGGGCUGACGAAAAUUGGCAACAACUGCAACAAUGUAAAGCAGAAUUAGCCGACAGACAGGAGGAGCUCAAAGAACAGAUGUCCAAAAGGACAGAGAAAUCCUGA